AUGGAGGGCCUACAGUCUACAGGCAGAACUUUAUCACCUCACCGCAAGAUGGAAGCAAGAGCGGCUCUGCUAUUCUUGUGGAUUUUAGCGAUUCCAUCCGUGUCAAGCGGGCAGACAUUCACUAGUUUCCACCCUGAGCGGCGGGAAUGGGUCUUCAACCACCUGACAGUUCACCAAACUACAGGCGCAUUGUAUAUCGGAGCAGUCAACCGUGUGUACAAGCUGUCAGGCAACCUGACCCUCCUUGUUUCCCACGAUACAGGUCCAGAGGAUGACAAUAAGGCCUGCUACCCACCUCUGAUUGUUCAGCCCUGCACCGAACCCCUGGUCUCUACCAACAACGUUAACAAGCUUCUCCUCAUUGAUUAUUCCCAAAACCGCUUGCUGGCCUGUGGCAGCCUUUACCAGGGGGUCUGUAAACUCCUCCGAUUGGACGACCUCUUUAUCUUAGUUGAGCCCUCCCAUAAGAAAGAGCACUACCUCUCGAGUGUUAACCAGACCGGGACCAUGUACGGGGUCAUUGUGCCUUCCCAGGGUCAGGAUGGCACCCUUUUUAUCGGCACAGCAGUGGACGGUAAACAGGACUACUUCCCGACAAUCUCCAGUCGAAAACUGCCACGUGACCCCGAAUCCUCUGCCAUGCUGGACUACGAGCUGCACACCGACUUUGUGUCCUCCCUCAUCAAGAUCCCCUCAGACACUCUGGCUCUGGUUUCCCACUUUGACAUCUAUUAUGUUUAUGGCUUCGCCAGUGGCAGCUUCGUGUACUUCCUGACGGUUCAGCCAGAGACGCCAGAGAACAGCAUGUCAUCCAGUGGAUCCGGCAGCGAUCUCUUUUACACUUCUCGCAUCGUUCGCCUCUGCAAAGACGAUCGCAAGUUCCACUCCUACGUCUCCCUGCCCAUAGGCUGCAUGAAGAACGGCGUGGAGUAUCGGCUACUGCAGGCGGCAUACCUGGGCAAGCCGGGCCGAAUUCUGGCCGCGUCGCUCAACAUCACCGCCCAGGAUGACGUGCUCUUCACCAUCUUCUCGAAGGGUCAGAAGCAGUUCCAUCGACCGCCAGAUGACUCGGCGCUGUGUGUCUUCACGAUCCGUGAGAUCAAUGCGCGCAUUAAGGAGCGCCUGCAGUCCUGCUACCAGGGGGAGGGAAACCUGGAGCUGAACUGGCUCCUCGGAAAAGACGUGCAGUGCACUAAAGCGCCGGUGCCCAUCGACGACUCCUUCUGUGGUCUGGACAUCAACCAGCCUCUGGGCGGCUCUCAGCUGGUGACCGGCCACACGCUCUACACCGAGACCCGGGACCGCAUGACCUCCGUGACGUCCUACGUCUACAACGGCUACUGUGUUGCUUUUGUGGGCACCAAGAGUGGACGUCUGAAGAAGGAGGAUGAUACGCUCAUUCGGGUUUCCAGCAGCAUGCUGCCGGCUUCUUUUAGAUCCGAGCGUGACGCCAAAAUAAAGUGGCGAGCUGGGUACUUUGCUCGUGACACAGUCCUGUGUUUUCACCACUGUGCUCGUGCAACCCCGAGAGACAGCCAGAAAGCCCACGGGAGGGGCGGCGUGCGCGGGGGUGCGCGGCGGGAGUGUGUGAGACUGAGCCGCGAUGAGCAGACAUGUGAAAAGAGAGGAGCAGGAACGGGCAGAGAUAAAAGGGGAAGGAAGAAGGUAUUGGGGGAGGAAAGAAGAGACCAGUGA